AUGGCUCGUUUUUCGUGCGGUGUUCAGUGCACACGUAUAAUAUUGUUCUCAUUGAAUAUAUUAUUUUUUCUUUUUGGUCUUACACUAUUGGGCUUUGGUAUUUAUGUUAAAGUAAGCAACCGAUUUGAAAUUGCACUGCCGGACAACAUCGGUGUGAAAAUUGUCAGCGGAGAUGUCCCAGGAGCAGUAGGCAUACUUUUGAUUACUGUUGCUGUUUUUACAAUAUUAUUAUCGGCCUUUGGUUGCUGUGGCGCUCUAUUCAAAAAUCGAGUCUUUUUAUAUUUGUAUACUAUUAUACUUGGUCUUCUAGUGAUUGUCGAAUUAGCAGCAUUUAUUAUUACAUUGUACUAUCGUGUUCAGAUUCGUGAUAGUUAUAAAUCGGGUUUUCGAGAAUUGUUUAUUGAAAUUUAUAGUAAUAAUCAUACAGAUCUUCAACAUGUUAUAGAAGAUAUUGAGCGUAAUUUUAAAUGUUGUGGCAUUGAUAAUGUUACAGAUUAUUACACACAUAAUUAUACAGUUCCUGCAAGUUGCUAUAAAGAUCAAGAUUUUCAUAAGCCUAUUUUUAAGGAAGGUUGUGCUAAUGCUGCUAUUACAUGGUUAUGGAAUCAAAUUCCAAUCAUUGGCGGUGUACUAGGUGUUAUCUUAUUGAUUGAAAUUUUUGGCAUCGCUUCAUCUAUUUCACUCGAAGCCUGUUACGCAGCGUAUAACAACAUAGAUUAUUUACUUAAUGGAGGUGCAGGUGUUGGCAAAAGUACUUUGAUCAAAGCAGUAUAUCAGUCGGUACUGAGAUUUUAUAAUUCACUUCCAGGAUCUAAUCCAGAAACUAUUCGUACUGCAAUCUGUGCACCAACCGAUAAAGCAGCAUCAUUAAUUGACGGAAUGACUUUACAUUCAUUUUUAAGUUUACCAAUUAAUCAAUGCAAACAUAAACUCGUUAAACUAGAUAGCGGGAUUUCAAAUAAAAUUGGACAGGUCGAUGCUCGCCUGCAGCAAAUAAUGAAGUCAAGAGAACCAUUUGGUGGAGUAUCAGUUAUAGUUUUGGGCGAUUUCAAUCAAUUAAGACCAAUUGACGAUAAAUACAUAUUCCAAUUUAACAAUUCAUAUAAUGCUUUAGUAGAUAAUCCAUUAUGGUCACUUUUUGAAUUGUUCGAAUUGAUGGAAAUAAUGAGACAAAACGAUGAUAAGAUUUUUGCCAUUGCAUUAAGUAAUAUAGCAAAAGGAAUGAUGACACUUGAAGAUAUUAAUUUAUUAAAAUUACGAAUUGUUUCAAAUGAAAAUUUGGAAAUCAUGGGAGAUGCAAUAAGAGGGACGACAAGAUCUGAAUUAUAUGUUGCUUGUAGUCGCUCAACGAAAGCAAGUGGUUUAUAUUUAAUUGGUGACUUCGUUCCACCAAAACCACCUGAACAUAAUGAUUCAGUGGCGAUGAUGUUUAAAACCAUGAGGUCCGAAAGAAUGAUCAAAUUUUCACUUGAAUUUCCUGAAGAAUCUCAAGGAGAAAGAUUUUUUGUGAUAUUCCAUAAUGUGCAAUCAUUGAAUAAAAACAUUUUGGAUGUCAAAUCUGACAAAACAUUUUUGUCUGCUUCCACGAUAAGUCUUGUUGAAACAUGGACAAAACCUAGUGACUCUUUGGAAAUUGAAGGUUUCAAGGUAGUUCACAGACGUGAUUGUAAUGACAUACGAAAACCAUUUGGUCAAAUCACUUAUUUAAAAAAUCAUUUGAAGUAUGAAAGCAUUGCCGAAAGAUGUGAGUAUUCAGGCAAAAACCAUAUUGAAUACUCCUCAAUAAAAAUUGAUGAUAUUUGUAUCAUUUCUGUUUACAAUUCGCCAAAUUCGCCAUUCGAUGUCUUAAAACGACAUAUUAAUGAAGUUAUAACUGUUUCAAAACGGCUUUGUGAAAAUAUAAUUGUUGUUGGUGAUUUCAACAUAAAUUUGAAGAUUAAAACCAAUUACAAAUUUAUUGAAAAUGUGAAAUCAUUCGGACUAACUUUGAUUAAUAAAUUAAAUAAAAAUUCAACUAAUGCUAAAACACAGAUUGACUAUUGCAUCACUAAUGUGAAUGGCUGGAAAUCUGAUUAUUUUGAAAGUCUAACAAGUUUUCAUAAACCAUUGUGGAUAAGAAAACAUGAAAUUGACUCACAACUUUACGUUGAUGAAAACGAACAGAUUCGUACAGAUAUGCCUUUGAAUCUUGGAGAUCUUAGCAUUGAUGAUCGCUCUGAUGUGAUGGACAUCGAUGACCAAUCUUCUUUCGAGCAAACUCAUACAGAUAUAUCGUUUAAUAUUAAGGAUUUUCGCACCGAUGAUCAACCAGAGAUAAUGGAAAUUGAUGAAAUGACUGAUGAAGAAAAUGAUCAAAUCCAUACAGAUAUAUCUUUUAAAUUGAAAGAACUUAAAACUGGUGGCCUACGUGCUUCAACGAUAUUUGACGAGAAAUCUCCUAUCGAAACUUACGAAAUUGUUGAUUUAAAUACGAGAAGGAUUCUUGAUCACUUUCUUCUUGUACUUGGUUCUAAUAAUACAACAGACACUGAUCAGAUUUCUAAUUAA